AUGAUAUCUUUACAAAGUGCUAUCAAAAGGUCAUCAAAUGUUGUAGUUCAACACGGCCUUCGAUCAUACAGCAAAAAGAGUUCAACCAUACAAACACUCUUUACUACUACUACUAGUAGCAGCAACAAUAUUAAUGUUCAAUCUUCCACAUCACUCAUUGGUCGUUUUGUUCAAAAUAAUAGUUCAUCCAACAACACUAGCAUUCAAUAUUUCAGUACAUCUUCAUCAUCACUAUCAAAUGUCAAUGCCCCAAAGUCACGUAAAGAGUUAUCAGAAUCUUUCCUUGAUGGUACCUCGUUGGUCUACAUUGAAGACAUGUACAAUGCAUGGAAGAGUGAUCCAAAUGCUGUUCAUCCAAGCUGGAACUCGUUCUUUCAAAGUGCUGAUUUUGGUGCCCCAGCUGGCGAAGCCUAUAUGUCUCCACCAACUUUGGGAACAUCAUCUGCUACCAAGGCCGGACCAUCAUCUGCCUCUGCCGUAAACCUCAGUCAAGUAAGUGAUUCCAUGAGAUUAUUAUUACUCGUUCGUGCCUAUCAAGUUAGAGGUCAUUCCAUUGCUACUCUUGAUCCACUUGGUUUAGAUAUCCGUCCUGAACCUGCUGAAUUAAAUCCUCAAAGAUAUGGAUUUACAGAUGCAGAUAUGGAUAAACCAAUCUAUGUAGGAGAAGGAUUAAUAUCAGGAUUUUUAUCAAACAAUGCACCACAAACAACAUUACGUCAAGUGUUGACACGUUUACGUGAGACCUAUUGUUCAAACAUUGGCGUCGAAUAUAUGCAUAUUCAAGACAGAGAAAUGUGUGAUUGGUUAAGAGAAAAGUUUGAGACUCCAAAAUCACAUCAAUUCAACAAUGAUGAAAAGAUAAAGAUUCUCGAACGUUUGGCUUGGGCCGAUCUCUUUGAAAACUUCCUUGGUCUCAAAUACAAGACUCAAAAGCGUUUUGGUCUUGACGGUUGUGAGUCACUCAUUCCAGGUAUGAAGGCAUUGAUCGAUGACUCUGCCCAAUUGGGUGUUAACCAAAUCGUUAUUGGUAUGCCACAUCGUGGUCGUCUCAAUGUUCUCGCCAACGUAGUUCGUAAACCACUUCAAGCCAUCUUUAACGAAUUCAAUGGUGGUGUUGUUUCACUCGAAGGUGAAUACUCUGGCACUGGUGAUGUAAAGUACCAUUUGGGUACUUCUUACGAUCGUGUAACUGGUCGUGGAAACAAUGUUCAUCUUUCCUUGGUUGCUAAUCCAUCUCAUCUCGAAGCCGUAAAUCCUGUUGUCGAAGGUAAGGUUCGUGCCAAGCAACACUACUCUGGUGAUCAAGAGAGAUCAAAGGCUUUGGCUAUCGUUCUCCAUGGUGAUGCUUCCAUGGCCGGUCAAGGUGUUGUCUAUGAAACUUUACAUUUGUCAAAUUUAACUCAUUAUAGUACUGGUGGUACUGUUCAUAUCGUAGUAAAUAAUCAAAUUGGUUUUACAACUAAUCCAUCAUCAUCAAGAUCAUCUCAAUAUUGUACAGAUGUUGGUAAAGCUAUCGAUAUUCCAAUUUUCCAUGUCAAUGGUGAUGAUACCGAAUCAGUUGUUCAUGUUUGUAAAUUGGCUGCCGAAUGGAGACAAAAAUUCAAACGUGAUGUUAUCGUUGAUAUCGUUUGUUAUAGAAGAUUUGGACAUAAUGAAACUGAUCAACCAAAAUUCACUCAACCAUUAAUGUAUAACAAGAUUUCACAACAAGUCCCAGUUAUUGAAAAGUAUUCACAACAAUUAAUAGGAGAGGGAAUUUUAACUGGUGAUCAAUUCAAUCAAGUCAAGGCAGUAAUCCGUGAAGCCUAUGAAAAGGGAUACCAAGAAGGUAUUAAAUACACACCCAAAGCAUCUGACUGGUUCGAUUCACAUUGGGAGGGUAUCAGAAACCCAUUACAAACUGCCGAAAUCAAGCAAACCAAUAUUUCACCAAAGACUGUUGAAAUCUUGGCCAAGGCACUCUGUUCAUUGCCAGAGGGAUUCGAAGCCCACGCUACACUCAAGAGAUUGAUGAAGGAGAAACAAGAAGUGUUCAACAAUGGACAAGGAUUUGAUUGGGCCACCGCCGAAGCAAUGGCAUUUGGUUCAUUACUCAUGGAAGGUAACCAUGUUCGUCUAUCUGGCCAAGAUGUUGAGCGUGGAACAUUUAGUCAUCGUCACUCUGUGUUGCAUGAUCAAAACACUGGUGACACUUAUUCACCACUUCAAAAUAUUACAAAGGUAACCGGUCAACCAUCUGCCGAAAUUACAAUUAGCAACAGUUCCUUGUCAGAAUUUGCUGUACUUGGUUUUGAAUUGGGUUACUCACUCGAGAGUCCCAAAUCACUUGUACUCUGGGAAGCUCAAUUUGGUGAUUUCUCAAACAGUGCUCAAGUCAUUAUCGAUCAAUUCAUCUCUAGUGGUGAACAAAAAUGGAUGAGACAAAGCGGUCUAGUCAUGUUGUUGCCACACGGUUACGAUGGUGCCGGUCCAGAACACUCUAGUUGUCGUAUCGAACGUUACCUCCAAUUGUGUGAUAGCGAUCCAAACAAGAUCCCAGCCAAGGAAGAAGCCGAACGUAAACAAUUACAACACUGCAACAUGCAAGUACUCAACUGUUCUACUCCAGCCAACUAUUUCCACGCUCUUCGUCGUCAAUUGUUGCGUGACUUUAGAAAGCCAUUGGUAAUUUCUACUCCAAAGUGGUUAUUACGUCUCACUCAAUCCUUUUCAUCGCUCAAGGACUUUACCGAAACUACCUCAUUCACCAGAGUCUAUGGUGAAUCUCAACCAAACGAAAUUGUAGCCCCAGAAAAGGUUCAACGUGUAGUAUUCUGCUCUGGUCAAGUAUACUAUCUUUUACGUGCUGCUCGUGAACAAUCAAAGGUAAAGGAUGUUGCCAUCAUUCGUGUUGAACAACUUCAUCCAUUCCCAUUUGAUUUGGUACAAGAACAACUUCAACUUUACCCCAAUGCUCGUGCCAUCUGGUGUCAAGAGGAACCAAUGAACAUGGGUGCUUGGAAUUACAUCUACCAUUUCUUUGUCUCUACCUUUAAAAGUAUCAAUCGUCCAUUCGACCUUACCUACGCUGGUAGACCAACAAGUGCUUCACCUGCUGUCGCAUCUCAUUCUUUACAUAAACUUCAAGAAGAAACAUUCUUGUCAGAGGCUCUUGGUACAAAGAAAAAAUAA